AUGAAUAUUAAUGAUAGUGAUAUAUGUCAAGUGUUGUUUGAAGACAUACCGUCGGAUGACGGGAGUGUAACAUCAAUAGAUGAUACAGACAUGGACGAAAACUAUAUUAUUCCUACGCAGAACACAAAUAAUAUAAUCGAAGAAUCUUCUGAUUCAUCUGGUGAAGAGGUGAAUACGAUUGAUCAACACUCGACUUCUAUUGUAAAAUGGAAAAAUAAACGCUCGGUGCACUUACUCUCCAACUUUCACGACCCGAAAGAGGUCGAAACAGCCGAGCGAAAAAACAAAGAUGGAUCUACUUCAUAUGUUCCUUGCCCUAUCGCUUUGAAAGAAUAUAAUAAAAAUAUGAAUUGUGUUGAUAAGUUUGACCAAAAUAAAAAAACGUGUCAGAUUGAUCGAAAAAGUAAGAAGUGGUGGCACCGAAUAUUUAUUCAUUUCAUAGAUGUUGCUGUCGUUAAUGCUCAUGUAAUUUAUACACAAAAAACUGGUAUUAAAAUAAAAAUAAAUGAUUUCCGUCGACAAAUUUCAUCUGAAUUGUUCAGCAAAAAAAUCAUAGAAAAACGUCAAAUGAAGCAAACUUCCGAACCACCACCAGUGCAACUCAAAAGAAAUAAGCCAUUUGUUUCCAAAAGUAUUCGUCUCGAACAAUCAGCACACCAUCCAACUCGAUCUACUCGUAGGAGAUGUGGUAAUUGUAGUACCAAAUAUAAGGAGGUGAGGACAGAGUGGGUAAAAUUGAGAUUCAAACCAUAA